AUGGGCCUCAAGCUUGCCACCUGCUCUGCUGACGGCUUCAUCCGAAUCUACGAGGCCAUGGACAUCAUGAACCUCAACCACUGGUCGCUCACCGCCGAAUUCGAAUCUCACAAGGGAGGGAGCAACUGCAUCAGCUGGAACUCCUCCGCCUUUGACAAGCCUUCGAUGGCGGUGGGCAGCGCGGGCGACCAGGAGGUGAAGGUCUGGGAGUACAACGAGCAGCAGGGCAGGUGGAAGGUCGCCUACGCCCUCAGUGGCCACGCCGAAGAGGUGCACGACGUCGCCUGGGCGCCCAAUCUCGGGCGAACCUACAAUCUGAUCGCGACCGGAUCGAAGGACAAGACGGUCCGCAUCUGGCGCUUGCCCACCGCUCGCUCUCCCACUCAGUUUGCACCCUACGAGGAGGCGGCCCUGAAGGAGCACAAGGACGCCGUGUGGCGGGUGCAAUGGAACGUGACGGGCACAAUUUUGGCUUCCUCGGGAGACGACGGGAACGUGUGCCUGUGGAAGGCAAACUUCAAGGGCCAGUGGCAGCUCCUCUCCAUGGUCGGCGGAGACGACGACGAUGCCGAACCCACGUUCAUCUCUGCCAAGCAGGACGACUAA